AUGUCUCGUACUAACAUGGAUACAAGACACGCACACUCUUCUAUGUUGGCUGCUACAAACAGCAACAGCAAUAACAACAACAAUGCCAGCGUUGGUGUCGACAGCGGCAAUGUCAGUGCGGUAAGUAUCGACGAUGGACCCCACUUCAGGGAUAUCUUCCACUAUGAACACGAGGGGAACUACAAACUCGCUAGCAGCGGUAUCACUAACCUGAACUCUUCUUCCCAUAUCCAUCAAACUUUGUCUCCCAUAUCCAUUAGUAACGCCUCCACUCCGGAAAGUUUCCCCGACCACUCCUUGGGCUUAGAGCAGGAACCGGAGCCGGAAGUGGAAGCGGCAGUGGAUGAGGGAGCACUGCCACCUCACCAGACCAAGUAUCUUUUGAACUCCGUUAAGGCCACUAAACGAUUAAAAGACGCUAAACCGUUUUUGAAGCCGGUUGACCCUAUUGCUUUGAACAUCCCGCAUUAUUUCAACUACGUGCAAACCCCAAUGGAUUUGUCCUUAAUUGAAAAAAAUGUGCAGGAGAACGUGUAUCAUUCAGUAGACCAGGCCAAGUUGGAUUUCAAAACAAUGGUCGAUAAUUGUUUAGCCUUUAAUGGUCCGGAAUCUUCAAUCUCUUUGAUGGCUAAAAGAAUUCAAACGUAUUUCGAAAGAAAGUUAUCUGCAUUCCCACCAAGAGUUUUACCCGCUUCUGCUUUAAAGAAAACAAGCAGAAGUCGGAAGAAAAAUGAAGAUUCGGAUUCACCACUUGUCAUUAGGCGUUCAGUGAGCACUCCUAAUGGUAAUAGUGUUGAAAGUGCAAACGGAGACGGCGGUAGUGGUGGCAGGCCUAAGAGAACUAUUCAUCCACCAAAAUCGAAGGAUUUAUUCGAAAUUUAUGAAAACUCUAAACCAAAGUCGAAAACUUUGCAGAAAAAAUUCAGAACCUGCUUAAAGAUUCUGAAAAUUUUAAUGAGUAAAAAAAAUUCGGAUAUAAAUUACCCCUUUUUACAACCUGUUGAUCCAAUUGCUCUAAAUUUACCAAAUUAUUUUGAUGUUAUCAAGAAUCCAAUGGAUUUAGGUACUAUAUCAAAUAAUUUGAUGAAUUGGAAAUACAGUUCAAUUGAUCAAUUUGUUAAUGACUUUAAUCUUGUUUUUGAUAAUUGUUUCCAAUUCAACCCGGAGGGCAAUGAGGUCCAUUCAAUAGGCCAAAAAUUAAAAGAGCUUUUCAAUUUCCAUUGGUUAGAAAAUCAGGAUGUUUUGAAUGAAGUUGAAACGGAUUCAGAUCUUGAUGAAGAUAGCUAUUCUUCUUCAUAUUCAUCUGAUGAUGAAUAUGAUGAUGAAGACAUAAAUGAAAACGAUAUAACUAAUCCGGCCAUCCAGUAUUUAGAACAAAAGCUACAAAAAAUGGAGGUUGAGUUGAAACAAUUGAAAAAGCAAGAGAUAAGCAAAUUAUCGAAAAGAAGAAAGAGGAAUUACCCGAAGAGAAAUAUUUUGCGUAAAAGAUUAGGGAGACCUUCAGUUAAUGAUUUGAAAAAAAUCAUAACUGAUAGCAUCAAUGAAUUGAAUAAUUUGGAAAUGAACGGAAUGAUUCAAAUCAUCAAAAAUUCAUUACCUAAAGACGAAAUACUAACUUCCAAUGACGAUGAAAUCGAAAUUGAUUUGGAUAUUUUAAAUGAACGGACUAUUAUAAAAAUUUACGAAAGUUAUUUCGAAAAAAAACAUAGCAACAAUACAAAAAGAAAGUUGAAUCAUAACGAUUUGACGGCGCAAGCAAAUAAGAAAAAGAAAACCUUGAAAUUUUUAGAAAAAGAUGAAAUUAUAAAUAAUAAUUAUUCCGAUUCUGAUGAUGAUAGCAGUGAUAGUAGCGACAGCGACAGUGAUUGA